CGCCAUCUUUAUUCUUGGGUACCUCGAAGCCUCUGUUAUAUUGUUUAGGAAUUUCUUUCACUCUUCGUGACCUAAAAUCGACGAAAAAAAGCCGUUCUAUGAGUUGCAGACUUUGAAAAUGUUUCCUUAUUAUGAAUACAAUGUUUAGCAAUGGAUGAUUUUGUAUUUGCAACGUAAUAUAAUUACAAUCAAAACUGUCUACGCCUACGAUUUUGUUCGAGUGUCGAUCAAAUUCCGAAUCCUAGAUUAUUGGCGAAUCGAUAUCAGUCUCCUGUGGCCUAGUUACUCUGACUGUUGUUUCUGAUUACUGUGGGAAGAGCUAUAGGAGUUGUUUUACUGAUUCGAACGAUCCGACUCUUAGGUAGGUCAUUGUGAACUAUGGGAAAUACAGCAGGCAAAAGAGACAAGGACGGACCACCAAGCUCUCCAAAGGAAUCCCCAAAUACUUUUGAUUUCAAGCCAGGACAAACUCAUCUUUUGUCUGAUGAUAGUUUUGAGUUUCCAAAUCAGGAUUUUCCACGUAGACCUCGAGCCAGUACUAUAUCUCAGUCGUCAAUACAGUCUAAUGCUUUACCAACUGUCUUCAGAUAUGAAGGCAAUGCAAAGAACGCCAAGGUUGUCUAUUUAUCAGGGACUUUCAACAACUGGGCGAAAAAAAUUCCUCUGGUGAAAAGUCAUGGUGACUUUACGGUGAUCCUGGAACUACCUGAAGGUGAACAUCAGUAUAAAUUCCAUGUGGAUGGUAACUGGGUUCAUGAUCCUACUGUGCCAACUUGUGUGAACGAUCAUGGAACCUAUAAUAAUGUGAUUAAAGUACAGAAGUCUGAUUUUGAAGUGUUUGAAGCUUUAGCUAUUGAUUCUGUGAACAGCGGCACAUCAGCCAGAGUUCCCAGUUCCAGUCUUUGGGCAGAUGUUUCCGGCUCUCCACCUGGUGAUUACAAUACAGAUAUACCGUCUCGGAGAUUGCAAGAAAAAUCAUCAGGACCGCCCAUUUUACCACCACAUUUAUUGCAAGUUAUACUCAACAAAGAUAUAGCCUUGCAGUGUGAGCCAUCGUUACUACCUGAACCAAACCAUGUCAUGUUGAAUCAUCUUUAUGCUCUCUCAAUCAAG